AUGGCCCUGGAACAGCGCACAGCGCUCUUCAACAGGAUGGAUCAGAUCGGGCGGUCUGUGGGUAUUGUUCUUAAGGCGGGAGGGAAGAUUGGGAGUACAAGAGAUGCGCAUCGGGUUGUUUAUUAUUGUCAGAUGAAUGAGAAUGAGAAGGAUGCUGAUACCGCCACUACGAAUGCUCUCGUGGAGAAGAUCUUUGAGACGUAUCAUGAGCGGGAGAUGGAUAUUUCGGAUUCAGAUGUGCUGAGAUAUUUAGCUGUUGAUGCUGGUGUGAGUAGGGAAGAGAUGGUUGGAUGGUUGGAUGCUAGUCCGGCGGUUGCUGAUGAGGAAGCCCGGAAGAAUAAAGAGGAGGUGAGUCGGGAGUUCCGGUUUGUAUUGUCCAGGGCGAGCAUCGUAUUGAUGGUUCGGGAGAUAUAUCCGAGUUCUUUGAGAUAUUCAGCAAGGCGAGGGAGUGGGAUGCAGGCCAGUGAUAAUGUAAAGGAUCACAGCACGGCUCCAUUCUAUACUGUCUACCGUCGGCAUAUUCAGUAG